CUGAAGCACAACUUCACAACGGCCAGAGAGACAUCCGAAGAGCACUUCUUCCGAUGCUGGAACCACCAGGACUGUAAAGUGUGUCUGGCGGAGAACGAAUGCAGCUGGUGUCCCAUGACGUCCGCCUGCGUCCCUAAUCCGUAUGCGAUUCCUUUGCUGGCACCCGCCUACGACGAGAACAUUUGUCCACACUGGGCGGAACGAUGGGAGUUGCGCACCAAGCCGCUGGGCUGUCAGGUGUCGACCAUUACGAGUCUGACGUCCAUCAUCUCCAUUGUGUCGACGCUUGUCGUGGUCUUGUUG